CUAGAGUCCACUUGAAGAACCUGGUCGGCUAGGUCUUUGAUGCCCCUUGAACAAAAACAAGUGCCCUCCCCCAUCUGGCUACCAUCUUGCCGUUAGAAUUGGACUUCAGCUCCUGUCCUAGUUCAUCACAACAGGACAAACAUAGGAAACUAUGAUCCCUUCCCCGCUCCACCCACGGUUUGCGCAGAGCUCACAAGCAAAACAAACUUAUUUUGAACACGGGGAUCCUAGCACGAUUCCCCGACAAUCAUUAACCUGUGCCUCUCAGCCAGCCCUUCAUAAGGCUCUGGCUACCACCAGCCAGCAUCGUCCACUGCCUGCCACUACACAACCAGCGAGCAGUGAACACCUCACACGGCCAUCUGCCCAGAGAGCUGUGACCACCGUUGUCACUACCACCUGCCCAGAGAGUUGUGAGCACGGGGCCACUGCUGCCUGCCUACAAGGUCUCAUCCACUGCUGGCUGCGCUGGGUUGCGAUGCCUGAGUUCCUCGCUGUUGUUCCUUGGCGGUUCCUGAUCCUCCUAGCCUUCCAUGCUGGUGUGGCCACUGGAACCCCCCAGCCGUGGCGCUGUGCGCCCUGCACUGCUGAGAGGCUGGGGCUCUGUCCACCCGUGCCCGCUUCGUGCCCCGAGAUUUCCCGGCCUGCCGGCUGUGGCUGCUGCCCGACAUGUGCCUUGCCACUGGGUGCCGCCUGCGGUGUGGCCACGGCUCGCUGCGCCCAGGGACUCAGCUGCCGUGCCCUGCCAGGAGAACCUCGUCCCCUGCAUGCCCUCACCCGCGGCCAGGGAGCCUGUGUACCAGAGCCUGCUGCCCCCGCCACAAGAACUUUGUCCAGCUCCGAUCGCGAAGAGGCAAAGGCUACUGUAGCCCCGGAGGGUGAGCUUCCCGGGAGCCCAGAGAUGACAGAGGAGCAGCUACUGGAGCGCUUCCACUUGAUGGCCCCCUCCAGCGAGGACCGGCCCAUCCUGUGGAACGCCAUCAGCACCUACAACAGCAUCCGUGCCCGAGAGAUCGCUGACCUCAAGAAGUGGAAGGAGCCCUGCCAACGAGAACUCUAUAAAGUGCUAGAGAGAUUAGCUGCAGCUCAACAGAAAGCAGGGGAUGAGAUCUACAAAUUUUAUCUGCCAAACUGCAACAAGAAUGGAUUUUAUCACAGCAAACAGUGUGAGACAUCCCUGGAUGGAGAAGCGGGGCUCUGCUGGUGUGUCUAUCCAUGGAAUGGGAAGAAGAUCCCUGGGUCUCUGGAGACCAGAGGGGACCCCAACUGCCACCAGUAUUUCAAUGUACAAAAGUGAAGACUUCCACACAUGUUCUCUCACACCAAAUAUUUAAGUAUAUAGUGUAUUUAUACUCUGGAGCACACCAUUUUAUAUAUGUGUAUAUGUAUAUAUCCAGGAACUACUUUUUAUACUCCACAUACUGCUUGAUGGUAUGUGUUGGUUCAUAUUUAUUCACUGUAAGUUUACGUUUUUCUACACAGUUACUUGUGCUAUAUUAAUUUAUAUAUCAUAAAGCACUUCUCUUCACCAUAUAUGUAAAUACUACAUCUCAGCUAUUCCAAAGUCCAUUUCUUCUGUUUUGAAAGGGCAGAGUGAUACUGCCUAGAACAAGUCAGUGUGAGGUAGAGAGUUUCCCAGCGGGUUUAAGGAGGAAAAUUAGCCAGCGUCUCCUCUCUGCAUCCACAGAUCUGUGUCUGAUACCCAUUUGCCAAGAAAGUUAAGAUGUUGACUAUGUAAUCAAAGCUAAAUGUAGAAACCUGCAUCUGGUUUGUUUUUAAAUGCACAUC